AUGGCCUCCCGAACCCCCAUUACAAACGUUGUCGUCCUAGGCGCGACCGGCAACAUCGGGGUGCCCAUCGUCCACGCCCUCCUCGCCCAUCCUCACCCCUACACCAUCACAGCGGUGACCCGCUCUCCCGCCACUGCCGCCUCGCUCUUCCCCUCCCAAGUCAAAAUCGCCUCAUCCGACCUCUCCCGUCCCUCCCUCCACUCCAUCCUGCAGGGCCAAGACGCCAUCAUCUCCUGCGUGACCAGCGGCAGCGUCACUACGCAAAGGGACAUCAUCGACGUCGCCAUCGAGUGCGGCGCGCGUCGGUUCCUGCCGUCGGAAUUCGGCAUGGACUCCGCCCAUCCCAACGCCGCAGCCAUGAUCCCGUUGCUCGCCGCCAAAGUCCCCAUCAUAGAAUACCUGCAGCAGAACCAACAUGCCAUCUCCUGGACCGCAGUCAUCACCGGCAUGUUCUUCGACUGGGCCCUGCGCAACCCUUUCCCGCUGGCCUACGACAUCCCCCGUCGCAGCGUCACCGUCUACGACACCGGCGACUAUGCGCACGAAUGCACGAAUUUGGCUAAGAUAGGCGAAGCAGUCGCUGCGGUCCUGUCACCAGAACACGAAGCAGAGACGCGGAAUCAGUUCGUGUAUGUGAACAGUUUCACCACGACGCAAAACGCCGUGCUUGCGGCCUUGGAGUCAGCGUCCGGGGAGAAGUUCGAGGUGGCUAGGGAUAUGACGAAGGGGUUACGGGAGAGGAUGGUAGUGGCGAGGGACAAGGAUGCGCGGGAUCCGGUGGCGGGGCUGGGGUUGAUUGUGGCUUCGUUUUUCGGGGAGGGGGGUUUGAAUGAGUAUUCGAGGAAGGGGCUGUGGAAUGAGCGGUUGGGGUUGAAGGAGGAGGUGAUGGAGGAGACGGUUAGAGAAGAGGUGGGGAGCUGGCGGAGGGGCGGCGUGGAUGAUGUUGGGAGGACGAAUCGGAAGCCUGGUCAGGCAGAGUAG